CUAAGGGGAGGCGAGGGAUGGACACUGAGCUGCCAGAGGGGAACAGGCAGAUAGUCGCCAGGGCUGAGUUCCCCUGGGAGUUGGGGAUCUGCCCUCCAGCCUGAGGCAGGGCGGCCAGACUUCCACAUCUGGGUCUCCCGAGACACUGGGGACCCUUGGGGUCAGGAGCAGGGCUUCCCUGAGGGGGCAGAGGGUGGACCUCUGCCCACCCCACACUGAUGGGGUCGGUGGCCCCCUAGCCAGGCCUCAGGUCCAGGAGGUUAUUGCCCCGAAAUCUGGGUGCCCCUCCCUGGCAGCCCUGGGAAGGGAACCAGGGCCGGUCCUGUCUGGGGGAGCCCCUCCUCCUCUCCAGAUCCUUGAGCUCAGAGAGGAGAGGGCCUGUGCCUGAGUGUCUGGACUUAGGUCAGCAGAGGAGGCGGGUGCCCUGCCCUGGCCGUGAUCCAGGCCCUGGCAGGGGUCAAGGUGAGAAAUGAGCAGAUGCCUUCCUCAGCAGGAUCCCUAGGAACCGGGCCGCCCGGACGUUUGUGUGGACCAUAUGGAGGGGUGGGAGGGUAGACCGACUGAUUUCUCUGGACUUUGGCUGGUGGAGGGUCGUGGCAGGGGCCCUUGCAAGGAAGGUGCAAGGAGGGUGGCCUCAGGGCCAGCCGAGGAUUCUUCUCUGGCCUUCUGUGUGCUCCAGGUGAAGAGCGAGAGGCGCCCCAUUCGAGCCCAGAUGGAAGCCAGAGCUGGCCCAUCCUUUGUGCAUGAUCCAGGACCAGUCCUGGAGACUUUGACAGGUUUGGCCACAGCUGGGCCCCUGGCUUCCUCCUGUUGAGUGUUGGGGACCUGUGAUCUUGCAGGGACAGUUUGGCCUGAGAAGGACAGGGCCGGGGCAGUCUUUUGAGAGGCUAAGGAGGGGACUCCCCACCUUGACUGCUGGAGACCUCCCAGAGAAUGUGCCAGCCCUCCUGUCCACACUGGGGCCCAGGGCUGGGCUGGCGGUCUGCACCCAGAGGCGCCUUCUCCUUCCUUCCUGCAGGGACUUCAAGAAGUGACAGCAGAGGAAUCGAUCUGAGGCAGGGGUCCCUCAGGUCACAGACCAGAGUUGACGCGGGCCAGUGCCACUUGUCCAGGUAAGAGCAUCGAACUUUGGAAGGUGGCAGAAGACCCAGAAGAGGCCUGGGGCCUGGUGGAUGCCCAGCUCUCUGGGGCUGAGGUGGAGGAGGAGGGAAAGAAAGAUGUUCCAUCUUCCCCUUCUCCCCCUUCUCUUCCGUAUCCUGUGUCUCCUCUCAUUCUGUACUCCUCCUCCUCCUCCCCCCCUCCUCCUUCUCCUCCUUCUCUUCUUCCCCUUCCUUGUCCUUUUCUAGCAUGGUCUUUGGCCCCCCAGAGGAGGGAUCUGCUACUCCCACGGCCCUGAGUGUUCCCCAGUGCUCUCAGAGUGCUGACCCCUCCCCCAGUGGUGGGGCUUCUGGUGGCCUUGAUCAGCCUGAGCUUCCUGGCCCCAGCAUCCAGCGGAGGGAGGAGAUGAGGAGUCCUUGGUGGAGGGCAGUUUCCACAUGAAGAUGUUUGCCCUGUUGAUGUUCCUGCUUCUCAAGUAUCGCAUCAAGCAGCCCACCACCAAGGUAGAGAUGCUGGAGGUCGUCACUCCAGAAUACCAGGACGACUUCCCCGUCAUCUUGAGCCAAGCAUCCAGAUGCAUGCAGCUGGUCUUUGGCCUAGACGUGAUUGAAGUGGAUCCCAGGGAGCACUCCUACGUCCUCAACCCCAUCCUGGGCCUCACCUGGGAUGGGAUGCUGAGCGAUCAGUGGGGCCUGCCCAAGACCAGCCUCCUGGGGCUGGUCCUGUGGUUGGUCCUCCUGCAGGACGACUGUGCCACCGAGGAGGAGGUGUGGGAGGCUCUGGGGGUCACAGGGGUGUACGAUGGACAAGAGCACAUCAUCUAUGGGGAGCCCAGGGACCUCCUCACCAAUGUCUGGGUGCAGGAAUGCUACAUGCAAUGCCGGUAGGUGGCAGGAUCGAUCCUGCCUAUUACGAGUUCCUGUGGGGUCCCAGGGCCUAUGAGGAAACCAGUAAGUUGCAGGUCAUCGACUAUGUGCUCCUGGUCCGUAGCAAUGAUGUGAGUUCCUCCCUGGCCCUGUGAGAAGAGGUUGGUGGAUAAGGAAGAUGGGGCCAGAGCCCCAGGGGUAGCUAGGCCCUUUCCAAGCUUUGGUGGGGUCGGCAUGAAGGGAGACCUUAGGGUGCUUCCUCCCUGUGUUUUCCUGUUGGGUGUGUAAAGAGAAAGUCCUGGGUGUUCUCAGGAGUUAAGGGCCAGGGCAGGUUGGGAGAAUGCAGGGCCAAGAGCCUCUCUGGGGCCCUGGGCUCUGCGAUAACCCCAACAUCCAGUGUUUGGUUGCUUUGAGGAAGCUCUCCAUGUUUGUUCUUUUGAGAUAGAAGUUUUCUGCAGCCCAGUGUGAGUGACAUGCACCCCUUCCCAUUCGUACUUCCCCAGUUCAAGAGUUAAGAGUUUUGUCAUGUCCUGGAUACAAGUUGGGAGACCUUCCCUCCUUGUUUGGGUUCUGGAUGAAAUCACAGGGCAUUGGCAUUGGAAUUUGUUGGAAAGGCCAAGAGUGCAGCAGGCAAGUGCUGGAGUGUGGAAAUAGGAAAAUAAACAGUGU